CGGCGUGAGGGAGGGGCGGGGUUUCCGCUUCGGCGCGCGGCGCCCCGGGGGGGAGCGGCGGCGCGAUGGAGUUCCCCGGCGGCAGUGACAAUUACCUGGCCAUCACCGGCACCUCUCACCCCUUCCUCAGCGGGGCCGAGACGUUCCACACGCCCAGCCUGGGCGACGAGGAGUUUGAGAUCCCGCCCAUCCCGCUGGACUCGGACCCUUCCCUGGCCGUGGUCGGCACCUUCGAGGAGCUGCCCGAGCCGGGGGGCGCCGCCGCCGCCCCCUUCGCGCCCCCCGGCUACGGCGUGGGCGGGCUGGAGCUGCCCGUGGCCGUGGGGCUCCCCCCGGGCAUCAUGGAACAGCCCGCGGCCCUGCUCAACAUGGAAUUGGAGCCCCCGAUGGGCUCCCAGUUCCCCCCCAGCGCCCCCGUGACCAUCGAGGUUCCCCUGGGCGCCCUCAGCCCCGCCGCCCUGCUGGCCACGCCCCUGGCCACGCCCCUCACCACCAUCGACCAAUCGGAGCUCAGCUCGCAGCUGGGGCUGGGGCUGGGCGGGGCCGCCGCCGCCUCGGCCACGCCCCCCGGCGCUGGCCCCGCCCCCCAGGCCCCGCCCAGCCCCGAGCGGGGGCUCAGCCCCGGCCCCUCCCCCGCGGGGUCCCUGCAGGACGAGGAGAUGGAGGAGUUCAGGAGGCCGCCCCCAGCAGCCCCCUCCCCACCCCCGGCCCCCCCGGCUGCGCCCCCAGAGCCCCCCCGGCGGGCGAAGCCCCCCAAGAAGGCCAAGAAGAAGAAGGACCCCAACGAGCCGCAGAAGCCGGUGUCGGCCUACGCGCUCUUCUUCCGCGACACGCAGGCCGCCAUCAAGGGCCAGAACCCCAACGCCACCUUCGGCGAGGUCUCCAAGAUCGUGGCCUCCAUGUGGGACUCGCUGGGCGAGGAGCAGAAACAGGUGUACAAGCGCAAGACGGAGGCGGCCAAGAAGGAAUACCUGAAAGCUCUGACGGCCUACAAGGCAACCCUGACCUCCACGGACCCCCCGGAGCCCGACCCCGCCCCCACCGCCCAGGCCCCGCCCCCUUCCCCCAGCCCCGCCCCGCAGGCCCCGCCCCCCGCCGCCAGCCCCGCCCCCCAGGCCCCGCCCCCCAUCACCAAGAUCCUCAUUCCCAAGCAGCUCCUGCUGGGCGGGGCCGUGGGGGAGGGGCCGGCGGGGGGCGGGGCCUCGGGGGGCGUGGUCACCGUCAUCCCGGUCAGCCCCGCCCCCAGCUCCGCCCCCCGCCCCGCCCCCCCGGCGCUGGCGCGGCUGCAGCCCCCGCCCCUCACGCAGAUGCCCCUCCCCCCGCCCUCGGUGACGUCACCGCCGGGCGCCGCGGCCACGCCCCCCCCCUCCCCGGCCCCGCCCCCCUCGGCGGCCCCGCCCCCUCCCCCCCCUUUGCAGCAGGGCCCGCCCAAAAUCCGCGCCCCUCCCCCCCUGCACAUCAAGGUGCUGGCCCCGCCCCCGCUGCACGUGGUGGGCGUGGCCUCCGCCCCGGCCCCGCCCCCGGCGGUGGCGCAGCCCCUCCCCCAGGCGGGGCAUGCAAAUGAGGGGGGAGGGGAGGAGGAGGAGGAGGAGAGAGAGGGCGGGGCCGAGCUGGUGCUGCAGGCCGAGGCGGAGUCGCCCCCGCGCGUGGAGCUCGUGGCCGAGGUGGCCGAGGUGGGGGCGGAGCUGGGGGCGGAGUCUCCGCCCGGAGGGGGCGGGGCCUCGUGGCCGAGGGGGCGGAGCUGCGUCCGGGCCGGCUGCGAGCGGGCGCCGGUGGCCAGCGGGGACUGGGACGAGGAGUUCUGCUCCAGCGAGUGCCUGGUCAGACACUGCAGGGACGUGUUCCUGGCCUGGUUGGCCGCCCGGGGCAGCGGCAGCGGCGGCAGCGUCGUUUUCGUGAAGUGACCCCGGAUUUGGGCCAAUUUGGGCCUUUUUGGGCCAUUUUGGGCCAUUUUGGCUCCCCCACAGGGACUUUGGCUUUUUUCGGGAGGUUUUGCCCCAAAAUCGGGCGGGAAUUGUAAAAAAAUGGAAUUUUGGGGGGGAGAAAAAGCGAAAAUUUGUGUCGGGAUGGGAAAUUUAUUUUUUUGGGCUUCAAUAAAAAUCGAGGUUGAGC